AUGCGAAGCCUCCUGCUCCUGCUGGCAACCACAGGGCUCUGCUGGGGUCAGUACAACCCCAACACUGUCUCUGGCACGACAUCCAUUGUCCACCUCUUUGAAUGGCGCUGGGCUGAUAUUGCUCUUGAGUGUGAGCGCUACUUAGCUCCCAAUGGCUUUGGAGGAGUUCAGGUUUCACCCCCGAAUGAGAACAUCGUCAUUACUAAUCCCAACAGACCCUGGUGGGAGAGAUACCAGCCCAUCAGCUACAAGCUCUGCACUCGAUCAGGAAACGAAGAUGAGUUCAAAGACAUGGUGAAGAGAUGCAAUAAUGUUGGAGUUCGUAUUUAUGUGGAUGCUGUUGUCAACCACAUGUGUGGGGCUGCGGGGGGCUCAGGCACACAUUCCACUUGUGGCAGCUAUUUUGAUGCUGGGAAGGAGAGCUUUCCAGCUGUGCCCUACUCUGGCUGGGAUUUCAAUGAUGGCAAAUGUCACACUGGAAGCGGAGAGGUUGAAAACUAUGGUGAUGAAAAUCAGGUGCGGGACUGCCGCGUGACUGGCCUCCUGGAUCUGGCCACUGGGAAGGACUAUGUGCGCUCCACGAUCGCCGAGUACCUGAACCACCUCAUCGACAUUGGCGUCGCAGGCUUCCGGCUGGAUGCUGCCAAGCACAUGUGGCCUGGGGACAUCAAAGCAUUUCUGGACAAGCUGAAAAAUCUAAAUACUGCCUGGUUUCCUGCAGGAACAAAGCCUUUCAUUUACCAGGAGGUAAUUGACCUGGGUGGAGAGCCCGUCCAGGGCAGCCAGUACUUUGGCAAUGGCCGAGUGACAGAAUUCAAGUACGGAGCCAAACUGGGGACGGUGCUGCGCAAGUGGAAUGGCGAGAAAAUGGCCUACUUGAAGAACUGGGGAGAAGGCUGGGGCUUUGUGCCUGCCGACAGAGCCCUGGUCUUUGUGGACAACCAUGACAACCAGAGGGGUCACGGGGCCGGUGGAGCUUCCAUUCUGACCUUCUGGGACUCAAGGCUCUAUAAAAUGGCCGUGGGUUUCAUGCUCGCUCAUCCCUAUGGGUUCCCACGCGUCAUGUCGAGUUUUCGCUGGUCAAGAAACUUUGUCAACGGCAAGGACGAGAACGACUGGAUGGGCCCCCCAAGUUACUCGGAUGGGUCGAUCAAGCCGGUCACUAUCAACGCAGACACAACCUGUGGCAACGACUGGGUUUGUGAGCACCGCUGGCGCCAGAUCAGGAACAUGGUGAUCUUCCGCAACGUGGUGGACUGGCAGCCCUUCUCCAACUGGUGGGACAACGGCAGCAACCAGGUAGCAUUUGGCCGUGGCAAUAAAGGCUUCAUCGUCUUCAACAACGAUGACUGGGAGUUGAACGUCUCUCUGCAAACUGGGCUGCCCGCGGGUACCUACUGCGACGUUAUCUCUGGACAGAAGGAAAACAACAGAUGUACUGGCAAACAGGUGUCCGUGUCUGGGGAUGGAAAGGCCCAUUUCCAGAUCAGUAACAGUGCUGAAGACCCAUUUAUUGCAAUCCAUGUUAAUGCCAAGUUGUAA